UGAAAGUGCUCCUGAUGAUUAACCGACGGAGAAACGUCGGCUGUCGGCCCGUACUUUGCUCAUCUCCACAUUUUGUUUCAUGGCCUCAUCUCAGUCGCCCGGGAUUGGGCAAGCCGCCGACGUCAUCGAUAGCCAUCACGAAGAGGAGGAAAACUCUUCCGGAAGUGAAGAUGAAGGUCAUCCAUUAGAAUCCACAUCGACGGCACCCUCGACCGGUCAGACGAAGAAGAAGAAAAAGAAAAAGUCCAAAGCUGCGAAAGCCCUCAGGGCGCUCGCCGGAAAGUCUGAGAUACCCCAGGAACUCGUUGAUCGCGUCUUGGUUCGAGUUCGGGAGGAUGGGGGAGCUGGUAGCAACGAAACGACGGCAGCUGACGUGCGGGAAGCGUUGGAGGCGAUGAAGAUCAUGGAUGUGGUGAAAGGUAAGGCUGGCAUUGGGGGCAUCAACAGAAAGGAUAUGGGAGAGCACAAGUUCUGGGCGACACAACCAGUGCCUCAACCAGGCGAGGGACCACCGAUUGAGGAUGGGUACAUCGAGCCUUCCGUUCCCCGGGACCAGGUCCGUCAAGAGCCCUAUGCUCUGCCCAACAGCUUUGAGUGGGCGACGCUCAACAUGAGCGAUCCCAACGAGGCCAAAGAAGUAUACGACCUUUUGUCGCUAAACUACGUUGAAGACGACGAGGCAUCAUUCCGAUUCCAGUACAGCGCCGAGUUCCUGCAAUGGGCGCUUCAACCGCCUGGAUAUUUCAAGGAAUGGCAUGUAGGCGUACGUGUAUCGUCAAACAAAAAACUGGUAGCCUUCAUUUCUGGUGUACCUUUGACCAUUCGCGUCCGAAAGAACGUUUUCGUGGCAUGCGAGAUCAAUUAUCUCUGUGUCCACAAGAAACUGCGUUCCAAGCGAUUAGCACCAGUCUUGAUCAAGGAAGUGACACGCCGAGUACACCUCGAAGGAAUUUUCCAAGCGAUAUACACUGGCGGAGUCGUCGUUCCUACUCCAGUAUCAACUUGCCAGUACCAUCAUCGCGCUUUGAAUACCACAAAGUUGGUUGAUAUCCACUUUACGUCUGUCCCUCGACACAUGUCCCUUGCAAGACUGAUCAACUACAAUAAAGUCCCCGACAAAACCACACUUCCUAUCCGAGAAAUGGAGGAGAAGGACGUGAAGCAAGUUGCAGAUUUGUUUGCUAGAUUUAUGAUACGGUACGACAUGGCCCCGGCUAUGAACUUUGAUGACGUCCGGCAUCAGUUUUUGAGCGGUAAUGGUACGGGAAAACUUGGAGAUGGGGGACCAGGAAGGCGAGAGAGGCAGGUCACUUGGUGCUAUGUUGUCGAGGAUCCACGAACCCACCAAGUCACUGACUUCUUCUCAUUCUAUUCCCUCCCUUCGACCGUCAUCAAUGCUCCUGGUGGAGUACUGCAGGCAGCUUAUCUUUACUACUACGCCAGUGCCACAGCUUUCGAACCGGGUGCAGAAUCGGAUGGCCGGCUCAAGAAGAGGCUCCUACAACUGAUGACGGAUGCGCUGGUGGUCGCCCACAACGCAAAGUUUGACGUUUUUAAUGCUCUGACGUUGAUGGAUAAUAUGAAUUUUUUGACGGAUCUAAAGUUUGGGAAGGGCGAUGGAUUCUUGAAUUUCUACUUGUAUAAUUGGCGGACGGCGCCCUUGGCUGGUAUGACAGCUACUGAAGAUACUAGUGCCGGCAAAGGCGUUGGAGUAGUCAUGUUAUAGAUAGUGCGAAGAACAUUUUUCAAUGGAGCCGGUGACUACGGUCCGGGUCUGGAGUGACUCCUAAAUAUUCGUUUAAAAUCUUCGUGAGCGCCGAGGCCCCUACUACUUACUCUCUCUACCCUCCCCCCAUAACUUGUGACACCAUGCUUAGUGCAUCUGAAAGGGCAACAUUUCCUCCAGAGAUCAUAGAUCUCAUAGUAUCUGGACUCUGGAACUCGACUAUGCCCUCCAAAGACCGGGUCCACU